AUGUCCUGGUUUGGAGGCUCUGAUCCCAUUGCAGAACUUGAUGCCAAGAUUGAAGAGGCUAGCUCAGAAACCAUCCCCAAUGGGGAAAUGGAUAUUGCUGUAGGCCUUGAAAUCACAGAUAUCAUUCGAAGCAAAAAAGUGCCCCCCAAGAACGCAAUGAGAUGUUUGAAGAAGAGGUUGACAAAAGUUUACCAGAAUCCUAAUCUCUUACUCUCAACUUUGAAAGUGAUAGACCUUUGUGUGAAAAAUUGUGGCGCCCAUUUCCUAGCGGAAAUCAACCAGAAGGAGUUUAUCGACUACUUGGUCGAUUUCAUCUUCAAAGUGCACUACAAUACGAAAGAUUACAAGGUUUACUCUUCUGAGGCAAAAUAUAAGAUCGGUAAUACCAUAUUGAAGUAUAUCAAGGAGUGGAACUUGUGUCUCAUGGACGUCACCAAGACGAAGUACUUGGACAGAGCUUACCAGCUGCUAUUGCUGCAAGGAUACGAUUUUCCGGAAGUCGACAGCCUGCUUCUACAGUCUGCAUCAACGUUUGCAGACUCGAGAGCCCCUCCCGAUUGGAUCGACGGGAAUGAGUGUAUGAUUUGUUACAAUCCUUUCAGUGUGAUGAACAGAAAGCACCAUUGCCGUGCAUGCGGCGGAGUAUUUUGCCAGACCCACUCCAGCAACAACAUACCAUUGCCUGCGUUGGGAAUUCUCCAGCCUGUGAGGGUUUGCGAUGACUGCUACCAGAUCCACAAGAGUAAGACCUCUGACGGCACCAAGAAGAGCACUAGCAGGAAGCCUUUGCCCAAGGAGCCGACAAACCCAGUGGAGAGCGAAGAAGACGAACAGCUUAGAAAGGCUAUCGAGUUGAGCUUGCAGGAAUCUCAAGGCUCCUCUACUAAUUAUGCUCCUCCGCCAACUGCUCCACCUGCACCGAAACCAACAGAUUCUAGUGCAGUGUCUGACGAAGAUAUGGACGAUGACAUGAAAGCAGCGAUCGAGGCUUCAUUGAAAGAAUAUAAACAAGAGCAGAGUUAUAGACAGCCGGAGCCACUGCUGGGGUACUCUCUGUACCCUUCACAACCGUCGGCGUCGAACCACCUGUAUUCUGAAUCACAGCUGGAAUUUUACCAGAAUUCUCUUCCAUUUGAUCCAAAUGCAUACUCCCAGCCCCCAGCGCAGCAAACUCAACCUGAAUUUCACCGGCAACAACCUCAGCAUACAUUCAACCAGACUAAUUCAAGUAAUCCAAUGUUGACAGCGCAACAAGCACAACCGCAAGGAGAGCUUUCUCCGCAACGAACUCAUGUGGAGGAUUUGACCGAGGAGGAAGAGGAGCUGAUCAAUCUCUACUUGCAACUCAUAAAUGGGGUCAAACAAGACAGAUCAAAACAGGCGAACAUCUUGUAUGACCAAGACCUUAACGACUUGCAUGCAAGGGUAAUCAGAUUGAAGCCAAAAUUGAAUCGUUCGCUUCGUCUGGCGAUCGAAAAACAUGACACGUUCAUGGAGAUGAACAACAAAAUCAGCACUAUUACUCGUCUAUACGACCAGUUUUUGGAAGAUAAACUCAAUCAAGCAUACAACAGGCAUAGCAUCUCGUCGCCCCAAUUCAGUCCAGUUCAAUCUUAUGGCAUGCCUCCACAGGGUCCCGGCUCUCAGCCAUUCCAGGCGUAUACUGGUCAAUUAUCAGGUCAGCACACUGGUCAGCAUACCGGUCAACACCCAGCAGCUCCAGUCGAUACUUCCCCAAUCAUGUCUCGUCAAUCUACAGCAUCUGGACAGGGAAGUGUCGCUCAGCAUACGGGCUCUUACUCCGUGAAACGACAAGGUACCGGCUAUCCUCAACAGAACUUCGGUCAACCUUAUCCUCCACCUCCUUCUCUGAGUAUUCCUUAUCCUAUGGAUCUGUCUGCCAUGCAAGAGACACCUUCACAGCAAAGUGAAGCUUACGACCAUCAAUCCUCAGCGUUUCCAAUCACGUCGUUUCCUACAUAUCCAUCCCAGCCUGACUUGGAAAGCGAGGACGUACCUGAUGCACCAAAGACCACCAACGGCAGCGCCAUACAGAACACCGGUUUCUAUCCUACAGAGGUACCACUCGAUAACAGUGAUGGAGAAAGUACCACGAGCGUGGCCAGCAGGUAUCCACCUGUUGCUGCCGGAGAGGGUUUUGAAGUUCAAGAACCUGUGGCCGCACACGAGCAUGCCUCUGAAAGGUAUCCUACAAUUGCACAGAUCGAACAGAAAGAGCAAGGAAAUAUCGAAGCUGAAGUGUCCAUUCAGCCAUCAGAAAUCAAGCGGCCAAAGUCUGAACCUGAGCCACUUAUCGAAUUGUGA